AUGACCAAUAAGAGCGUCAAUAAGUCGAUCAAGACAAGAAAGUGUGUACCGCAAGCUCACAAAGUUAACGAUAAGCUACAAGCAGGCUCGUGUGGCCAUCCCAAACCAUUGGAACUGUUCCAGUGUGAGGUCAAGUCACCAUUAGAGCAGGCUCGUGUGGCCAUCCCAAACCAUUUGGAACUGUUCCAGUGUGAGGUCAAGUCACCAUUAGAGCAGGCUCGUGUUGUUAUCCCAAACCAUUUGGAACUGUUCCAGUGUGAGGUCAAGUCAACAUUAGAGCAGGCUCGUGUGGCCAUCCCAAACCAUUUGAAACUGUUCCAGUGUGAGGUCAAGUCACCAUUAGAGCAGGCUUGUGUGGCCAUCCCAAACCAUUUGGAACUGUUCCACUGUGAGGUCAAGUCAAUAUUGGAACAGGCUCGUGUUGCCAUCCCAAACCAUUUGGAACUGUUCCACUUUCAUAGACACGAUGAAAAAAAAAACACAGACACACCAUCAGCCACCUUACACAGACACACCAUCAGCCACCUUACACUGACACACCAUCAGCCACCUUACACAGACACACCAUCAGCCACCUUACACAGACACACCAUCAGCCACCUUACACAGACACACCAUCAGCCACCUUACACUGACACACCAUCAGCCACCUUACACAGACACACAAUCAGCCACUUUACACAGAUACACCAUCAGCCACCUUACACAGACACACCAUCAGCCACCUUACACAGAUACACCAUCAGCCCCCUUACACAGACACACAAUCAUCCACCUUACACAGACACACAAUCAUCCACCUUACACAGACACACCAUCAGCCCCCUUACACAGAUACACCAUCAGCCCCCUUACACAGAUACACCAUCAGCCCCCUUACACAGAUACACCAUCAGCCCCCUUACACAGAUACACCAUCAGCCCCCUUACACAGACACACAAUCAUCCACCUUACACAGACACACCAUCAGCCCCCUUACACAGAUACACCAUCAGCCCCCUUACACAGAUACACCAUCAGCCACCUUACACAGAUACACCAUCAGCCCCCUUACACAGACACACAAUCAUCCACCUUACACAGACACACAAUCAUCCACCUUACACAGACACACCAUCAGCCCCCUUACACAGAUACACCAUCAGCCCCCUUACACAGAUACACCAUCAGCCCCCUUACACAGAUACACCAUCAGCCCCCUUACACAGAUACACCAUCAGCCCCCUUACACAGACACACAAUCAUCCACCUUACACAGACACACCAUCAGCCCCCUUACACAGAUACACCAUCAGCCCCCUUACACAGAUACACCAUCAGCCCCCUUACACAGACACACAAUCAUUCACCUUACACAGACACACAAUCAGCCACCUUACACAGACACACCAUCAGCCACCUUACAUAGACACACAAUCAGCCACCUUACACAGACACACCAUCAGCCCCCUUACACAGACACACCAUCAGCCCCCUUUCACAGACACACCAUCAGCCCCCUUUCACAGACACACCAUCAGCCCCCUUACACAGACACACCAUCAGCCAACUUACACAGACACACCAUCAGCCCCCUUACACAGACACACCAUCAGCCACCUUACACAGACACACCAUCAGCCACCUUACACAGACACACCAUCAGCCACCUUACACAGACACACAAUCAGCCACCUUACACAGACACACCAUCAGCCCCCUUACACAGACACACAAUCAGCCACCUUACACAGACACACCAUCAGCCCCCUUACACAGACACACCAUCAGCCACCUUACACAGACACACAAUCAGCCACCUUACACAGACACACCAUCAGCCCCCUUACACAGACACACCAUCAGCCACCUUACACAGACACACAAUCAGCCACCUUACACAGACACACCAUCAGCAACCUUACACAGACACACCAUCAGCCACCUUACACAGACACACCAUCAGCCCCCUUACACAGACACACCAUCAGCAACCUUACACAGACACACCAUCAGCCACCUUACACAGACACACCAUCAGCAACCUUACACAGACACACCAUCAGCCACCUUACACAGACACACCAUCAGCCACCUUACACAGACACACCGUCAGCAACCUUACACAGACACACAAUCAGCCACCUUACACAGACACACCAUCAGCCACCUUACAUAGACACACAAUCAGCCCCCUUAGACAGACACACAAUCAGCCACUUUACACAGACACACAAUCAGCCACUUUACACAGACACACCAUCAACCACCUUACACAGACACACCAUCAGCCCCCUUACACAGACACACCAUCAGCCACUUUACACAGACACACAAGCGCCUUAAGCAUUAAACAAAGCUUCAAGUGA